AAAAACAUUUAAAAUGAUUUGUCGACUGUGCCUAAAUAGCGCCGAGGACACAAUAACUAUAUUCGAAGGCGUUGGCUUGACGCUAAGCGUGGCAAGUGUGUUGGGCAAAUACUUUUGGUUUCAGCCCAAGAAGGAUGAUCCCAUAUCGACAGAGAUUUGCAGUAAAUGUUGGACGCGUGUGCACGAUUUUCAUGAGUUUUAUGAAAGUGUGGAGAAGGCGCAUCGUUUGCUGACGGAACGAUUCUCCAUAAAAAGCAACAGCGCGGAGCAAGUGGAGCAACAGGAGCAAGCGGAGCAGCAGGAGGCAGCAGACGACUCAAAGGAGCUGCUGUUGAGCCAGCAGGAUGAAAGUUUGAGUGGGGCGCUAGCUUUGGAUGAUGAUUGUGCGAGUGGACAUGAGAGUAUUGAAGCUGACAGCUUUAGCAAUGAGCAGUUUCUGCUUGAGGUGCUGUCCAAGCAGACAAUAGCUGCUGAUGAACAGUUUACCAUUGAGCCCAUAGAUGAAGCGGAGGUUAAUGAGAAGCCAGAAAUAGAUGCGCCAAGAAUUGAACGCGUGAUAGAGACGCGUGCAACGCGCGCUAAAAUCAAAGCUGAUGCAGAAAAGCAGGAGCAAGCAACUGCAGCAAAGCGAGGCAGAGGCAGACCCAAGUUAGCUAGCAAGCAGCCAGUUAGCAAGCAAACGAGCGAACCCAAAAGAAAACGUUAUGUGGACUAUAAGCAAUCCAUGCUGGAGAUUGAUCAGAAAAUAAAGCAGCAUAUGCAAUUAGCGUGCAGCGUCUGCUGCGAGGUGCAGCCAACAUUUCGGGAGCUGCUGACGCACAUGUUGCAGCAGCAUAAUCGCAAAGGCUACGCGGUCUGCUGCAACAAGAAGUUCUACAAACGUUCCUUCCUUACCGACCAUAUAGACAGGCAUGCCAAUCCAGAGAUAUUUAAAUGUGAACUAUGUGAUAGAAGCUUUGCGGACAAGCAGUGUCUGCGUAAUCAUGAGCUGCUGAAGCAUCAGCCGGAUGAGGAGAAGAAAUUCAUUUGCGAGCAUUGUCCCAAAAAGUUUACCAAACAAUAUUUGCUCGAUCAGCAUCGCGUUGUGCACCAGGAGCGCAAUGUGCCCUGCGAUCUUUGCAACAGACGUUUUGCCACUGUAUCCAUGCUGGCUACACAUGUGAGAAUGCUGCAUGGCAAUUAUGGCACCAUGUGCGAUAUAUGUGCGAAAGUUGUGCGUGGACGUGCUGCCUUCCAACGUCAUCAACUGGAGCAUGCGGGCGUCACAGAGCCCAAAGUGCAAUGCGACAUUUGCGGCUCCUGGCACAAGAACAAAUAUAGUCUGAAGAAGCAUAUAAAGCGUCACAAUAACAGCUCGGAGAAAUGCACUUGCAGCAUAUGUGGCAAGGUGUCGCCCAAUCGCAGCGCCAUGCUCAGCCAUCAGCGCUAUGUGCACAUCUCGGAUCGCGUGCACGCCUGCAGUGUGUGCAGCAAAAAGUUCAAGAAAGCCAUAACGCUCAAGGAGCACAUGGCUACGCAUACAGGCGAGGUGCUGUACAAGUGUCCGCACUGUCCCAAGACCUUCAACUCGAAUGCCAACAAGCAUGCGCAUCGCAAGAUACGUCAUCCCAAAGAGUUUAAGGAAGCGCGCCAGGCGCGACUGCAGAAACGCAUGGAGCCCACUCAAAGUGAGAGCAAACUCAUAACCAUAACCACAGAGGAUGAGCAGACGCAUAAAAUAUUGCUAAGCACAGCGGAUGAUGAUGACGACGACGACGAUGAGGACUUCAAGGGCGAGACCAUAGAGUAUAUAGAAUAUAUGCAUAGCACAGAGUAGUCAAAGGCUAAGCAGCGCAUAACAAAAUAAAUAUAAUGUUGUAGUUAU